AUGAGCCUUACAACAAGAUGGGGUACUGAUGUUAAGUAUCCUUUCCAUGAUCCUCCAUACAAGCAUAUGUUGGUUACCACUGGGACUAAUUCUAGGAUUGGGACAUCUACAAACCUCAGAACUUCAUCUAAUGUUCUUGUACUGCCAAGGUCUUUUGUUCGUACCUAUCUUAAGAAGCUGACAUUAUAUGAUGUCCAGUCUGGAAUUUUGGUUUUGCCCUGGUAUGGCUUUGGUGAAUUUGCCUUCGCAUUUACUUUCAAUGAAUUGGUUCUGGUCGAUCACACCGGUUGUCGAUAUCCAUGCCACAUGCAGUUUGGCGUGGACUCUGAGGGCGAGCUGGCUUGUAAGGUUUUUGGUCGCUGGAUGGAUUUCUGCAAGAAACAUUGCUUGGCAGAGGGCCAGAAGAUUCGUUUUGCUGUUAACGAACCUACCCGGAAUUUUGUGAUUGUAUACACUUUGAUUCUUGCUAUACAAGUUACCGUAUCAAUCUGUUGGUUGGAUGUUAAUCUAGCAGAUGCAUCUGACUAUAAAUCACCAUAA